AAUUGAGCUGUUUCCUACAGAGCAAGGAACUAGACAGACUGCCUCCUCUAGUCCCUCCCCCAAGGCUUUCAGUUUCCCAAUUAGUCGGCCAAAUCCAGAGCUCCUGUGGCAGCUGCGGCGGUAACAUUGGAGAACUUGCUGCGGAAGGAGCAGGUGUUGUUCCCAGACAGCUGGAAAUGACAAGGGUCUCCUGAGACCUCCCAUUCCACCACCUGCCCAUGAAGACCUGGCCGUCAUUGUCCGCUGUCCACACUCCCAGUAUGUUCAGUCUUCUGCUCCUGGUUGCCUCACUGAACGCUCAGAAUCAAAGCUGGGACCUUGCUAACUGCACCCAGGGCGUACUGUCUGUGCCUAGAGGCAGCCGCGCAAAGAUGAGCUGUAACAUCUCCAAUAACUUCACUUAUGUCACCAUCUGGCUAGACAACAACAUCAUCUUCAAUAAGACGCCCCAAGGAUACUUCCGCUGGAAAGAGUGGGAGCUCCAAGUUCAAGGGGGCCAGGCACAGCUCGUGAUCAACCACACCCAGGAUGUCCACACAGGGCUAUACUUGUGGUACCUGCGCGGAUGCCAGGGAGAUUACAAAGACGUCACCCUGAAUGUUUCAGAGCCUUCAAACAAGGAUGAGCCCACAGACAAGAGGCUAUCCACACCCCCUUCAGACGCACUGAUCCAGCCCAAGAGAGCUCCACUAGAGGACGGGCCUGAGACCCUCGCGGGAGUCCUGGUCGCUGUCAUCCUGAUCUUGGGACUCGCAGGAAUCGGCGCACUAAUCUGUUACAGGCGCUACCGUUCAAGAAGUCCCUGUGGAUGUACUUCAGUGAUUGACCUGAGGAGGUUCUAAGUCUGUGGGCCAGCGGAAGCUGAAGGAGCUGCCUGUGGAGCUGAUUCCAGAGAGAGGCCACCAGGAUGGGCAUGUCAUGUUCUUAGCCCUUGGCAGCUGCUACGACUCUCUGGAACCCAAACACCACGGAGCCAUUAUCACAUGCUUGGCAGAGCAGAAGAUUGUUUAUGUUUGCUGGGCACAGAACUUUCCCAAGGGUGGAACCCUUGGUUCUAUGUAGAGGAGGGGAGAGUGACUCACUGAGGAAGGGCCUUGGAAGCUGGAGAACAUCUGGGCAUCUCUCAUUCACAUGAACAAGAAGACAGCUGUGGCACAAAUUCUAAUUAGUAUUAAUAAUAAAAACCUGGAAUCAGAUCCUGGGUUAAAGCUGAAAGAUCAGAGAAGCAGAGCAGUCAGCCACUAGGGAGUUCUUACCUCUACCAAUGCCCAGACCAAAGGGGUGAUCAAAACCUCGGACUGCAUCCGUCUCUAUGAAGCCUUAGACUGCAUUCUCAGAAUAAACCCACAGACAGCAUCUGAGCUCCUGUCUCCUCCCACCUAUAUUCCCCUCUCUCUGCCCAGCCAUAUCCCUUCCCGUCUCCACCUCCCUGGUGCUGGGAUUAAAGGUGUGAGCCACCACCA